UCGCUUCAUUUAGCACAAACGACUAUUGGACAGUCUGAGGGACAAUUCCUGCCUGACCGAUAGCGAGGGAUAGCAAAGGGGCAGACACAGUCGACACGACAGCAUGGCAAGAGGGUCGUCGUUACUUCGCCUCGUUGGCUGGGCGGUCGGCGUGGCGGCCGUGGUGGUGUGUUUUACAAGAGGCGGGAAAAGGGCGCAGCAGAAGACGAGUCGCUCAGUCGCCGAGAUGGCGGUGCCAGCGACGAGUGUGGUGGUGCUCGACCGAGGCAACAACACCACUUGUACCGUCAAUCUACACGGUGCAACAGUGGUAUCAUGGCGUGUGAACAACCAGGAACAACUUUUUGUGAGCAAGCAAGCAAUAUUUGAUGGGAAACGCGCCAUCCGAGGAGGAAUUCCAAUUGUUUUCCCCCAGUUUGGAGCAUGGAGCACAGGCCCCCAGCAUGGGUUUGCCCGCAUUUCUCGCUGGGAAUUAAAAAAACCUCCUGAACGUUUACCCACUGGCGAUGUUGAGGCAAUUUUCCAGCUGCUUGACAAUGAGUUUACUCGUUCCAUGUGGAAUUAUCCGUUCAGUCUAACAUACCGGCUGAUCCUGCGUGAGAAGGAGCUCCACUUCAACAUCUCAGUGUACAAUCCAGGAGCAGAGACAUUGUCCUUCACCCUUUUGUUACAUACCUACUUCAAGGUCCCUGAUGUACGACGUUGUCAGAUAACUGGCAUGAGGGGAUGUACCUACAUUGAUAAGACACGGGAGGGAGCUCUGUACCAAGAACACCGAGAUGUAGUAACUAUUAAUGAGUGGACAGAUCGUAUAUAUCAGAACACUCCCCUAGAGCACAUCAUUACUAAUGUUGUCAGUGGUCGAAAAAUGAGAAUACAGAAGUACAACUUGGUUGAUACUGUGGUGUGGAAUCCCUGGGUGGAGAAGGCCAAAGAAAUCCCAGACUUUGGGGAAGAAGAGUUCCCAAACUUAGUGUGUGUGGAAGCAGGUCAUGUCUCAGCACCUGUUAUCCUUCCGCCUGGCACAGUGUUUGAAGCCAGUCAGAUCUUGCAGGUCAUGUAGACUGCAAGAGUGGAAGGUGCUUGCAAGAUAGUAGUUUUUGGAAGGAGAUACUAAGUAUAUGUAGAGUUAAAGGGAGUAAUGAGGAACCUGUUGGUGCAGGUGGCUACUAGCAAGCACUGAUCUUUUGUGUUACAGCACAAACAGAGGUGAUGCAUGAUAUUACAGCUAGUAGACCGAAAAUGCCAGCAUGGUAUCUUUGACAGGAGUAAGUUUGCAUUUUUUUUUUACAGUACGAAUUAGGGUUGUGAAGGUUUAAUGUUAUUUGGAGGCCUUUUCCCUUUUCUUUGUGAAUAAUGCUUUACAUGGCCUCUCCUUUAAUCAUGUCAUAUAGUAGGAAGAAACAUGGUGUAUAUUAUGUUUGCAUUUAUUUUGACUGAUAAGCACAAUAUUGCUCUUAAUUUAAUGAAGAUCAAGUAACUGACUAGAUAAAUAUGACAAGUCUUGUAUAUGAACUGUAAGUCUUGAUGUCAAAACAGGAUAUGCUGUUGACUUUCAAUCUUCACAUGGAAAUAUCUCAUGGUGCUAUGAGUUUCAUAGGAAAUGGAGUUAAAAAGAAUUUUUUUUCUUUAUAUUUAUAAUGCACAUCAUUACAUCAAUCAGCCAGGAAGAAUAAUUUUAAGAAUAAGAUCUCUAAUGUAUCAAUCCCUAUGAAUAUAUGAGUAUAUCGCAGAAAAUUUUUACGGUGUGAAGUAAUUAUAUAAGUGUUUGAUCUCACCUAUAGUGUUAAGAUGUUAAGCACAAAAGUUAUAAAACUGCGUCCAAAAUGUAACACGUGACCUGGUUAUCCACAGCAUUUAUUAAGGUUGUGUCACUAUUUUCAUUAUAUUUGUAUCCCAGUUGCAAAAAACCAAAGUCUGAAGAAUCAUGAAUUAAGACAGGGUGAUUUAACUAUUAAUAAUAUUUGUAUUUUGUAUGUUUGUUGUAGAGGAAUCGCUACUAAUCUAGAUAUGGUAUUGUAGUAUGGAUUUGCUUUUGCGCAAUUCUGUGAUGGUGCAUAAUAAUAAAAAAAAAAGAGUGCUAAUGGGUUGCUAACUGUUGUGGAGUAGAAGACGUUUAGGAGGUUUGUAGUUGACAUUUUAAGCUUUCUAAUAUUGUUAAAUACCCAGACCUGGGUAGCAUGUGGCUUUCCUACUCUAGUUUCUGCAGAUGACUUCUGCCAAAAAACUAUUUUUAGUGUGAGAUUUAAAAGAAAAGGAGGUUUUUAUAUAAGAACAUUUGGUGACCAUUAGGCUGGCCCAGAUUAUGAUUUCAUGACAUCAUAUUCAUGCAGAUUAUAGCUUUUUAGUCAAAUUAUCAUGACGCAUCUUCACAAUACUCUCUAGAAUAGGACCACCUAAGGAUGCACAUUAAAAUAUUACAAACAGGUAUAAGUAAAAUUUUAAGUUUGGUUAAAAAUAAUUGUUUAGGUUUCACUAAUCUAUUUAUUUUAAAAGUCAUUAAAAGAGUCCUUUAUUUUAUAUAAUUUAAUUAUUUAGUGUAAUGAGUCAUCUUUCCACUUAACCUGCAAGUAAUUAUCACAGCAAGGGAGUGUACUCUCUGAGCAUUGUACUCCUCAAUUGUUCUCUGCCCAAAAUAUUCUUUAGGGAAGAAUGUUUAUAUUUAAUCCCUUUUCGUAGACAUGAAUGUUCCUGCUCUUGUAAUUACUGCUUGAAGCCAGAUAACAGUUGAAAGGGUACAGUCCGUAAGAUUAAGUUGGAAUUUGGUUAGAAUUGAAAAGCUCUAGGAUAUCUUAUCAAGAGUAAAUAAUAGUAGGAGAGAGAGGUCACAGACCUUUGGCAUUAUUAUUAAUAUUCUUGUGCAUUCCUGCUUCAUUUCAUUCAUUUUGAGAGAUGUCUUUUAUUGUGAACUGAUUAAAUAAACAAAAAAUUUGAGUUGAUGAAAUUAUUUGUGAAAUGUAAUUGACAAUGUAUUAUAUCUUUUGUUAAUCACUCAUAUAUCAAAUAAAAUAUUGUCUAGA